AGGAAAUAAAGGUGCGUGUAUUUUAAUUUUCCGAAAGAAAGAAGAAAUAAUUUCAAUCAAAUUUCUUCACAGUUUCACAAUCAGUAAUCACCUCCCUGAAGUCAAAUCCAGAGGAGAGAGAAAAAUGGGUCGAUCUUACUCAUGUUCAUACUCAUGGUGUACAAUUUUUGUAAUAAGCUUGAUGAUGAUGAUGAGUAGCAGAUUUCUUGUGUCAGAAGGAGUAUGGCUGAAUCUGCCGAGUACGGGAACCAAGUGUGUUUCUGAGGAGAUCCAGAACAACGUUGUUGUUGUUGCUGACUAUGUUGUUAUUGAUGAACAUGGUCAUGCUCCUCCCACUGUUUCUGCUAAGGUGACAUCUCCUUAUGGAAACACUCUCUACCACCAAGAAAAUGUGACUCAUGGUCAGUUUGCAUUGACAACUAGUGAAAUUGGCAACUACGUUGCCUGCUUUUGGGUUGAUGGUAAUCAUCAAUCUGCAACGCUCAAUCUUGAUUGGAAAAUUGGGAUUGCUGCCAAAGACUGGGAUUCAGUUGCGAAAAAAGAGCAUAUUGAGGGUGUUGAGCUUGAGCUCAGAAAACUUGAAGCAGCUGUGGAAGCAAUUCACGAGAAUUUACUAUAUUUGAAGAACAGAGAAGCAGGAAUGAGGGAAGUGAGCGAAAAAACCAACACUAGAGUUGCUCGGUUAAGUAUUAUGUCCCUUGGCGUGGGUAUUGUGGCUUCACUCUUACAGGUCUGGCAUCUGAAGCACUACUUCCAGAAAAAGAAACUUAUAUAGUUUCCUUUAUCACAUUUCUAAGUCUGAUAAAAUCAAGGACUGCCGAGAAGUUGACAAACAGAAGAGCAAAGGUUUUGCUGUCUCUAAAGGAAGACACUAGAUAGAGUUUGAGCAAACAAUAACUAUUUUGGCACCCCUAAAACCAAAAAAAAAUCUACAAUUUACUUAGCUAGUUAUUUGAUUGUUUUAGCCUGCAGGCAGUGGACCUUGUUUUUACGGGAAUUACAUUUACUUGUUUUACUGUCCAAUUAUUCGUGGAUAUAUUCUCAACAAUGACAUAUGAAAUACAUUCUAUAAUGGUGAUCUUAUGGUUAGCAAAGGAUUUGAAGCUAA